UCUUCUCCACAGUCAUGUGUGGGGAAAACAGCUCCAGCCUGACCCCGGGAUUCUUUAUCUUGAAUGGGAUUCCUGGGCUGGAAGCUGCACACACCUGGAUCUCCCUGCCAUUCUGCUUCAUGUACGUCAUCGCUGUCGUGGGGAACUGCGGGCUCAUCUACCUAAUCAGCCAUGAGGAUGCCCUGCACCGGCCCAUGUACUACUUCCUGGCCCUGCUCUCCUUCACAGAUGUCACCCUGUGCACCACCACUGUACCCAAUAUGCUGUGCAUAUUCUGGUUCAACCUCAAGGAGAUUGACUUUGAUGCCUGCCUGGCUCAGAUGUUUUUCGUCCACAUGCUGACUGGGAUGGAGUCUGGGGUGCUCAUGCUCAUGGCCCUGGACCGCUAUGUGGCCAUCUGCUACCCCUUACGUUAUUCCACCAUCCUCACCAACCCUGUCAUCGCCAAGACCGGUCUUGCCACCUUCCUGAGGGGUGUGCUGCUCAUUAUCCCAUUCACUUUCCUCACCAAGCGUCUGCCCUAUUGCCGGGGCAACUUCAUUCCCCAUACCUACUGUGAUCAUAUGUCUGUGGCCAAGGUGUCCUGUGGCAAUUUCAAGGUCAAUGCCAUCUAUGGUCUCUUGGCAGCCCUCCUAAUUGGGGGCUUUGAUAUGUUCUGUAUUUCUGUGUCUUACACUAUGAUCUUGCGGGCAGUGGUGAGUCUGUCAUCUGCAGAUGCUCGGAAGAAAGCCUUCGGUACCUGUACAUCCCACAUAUGUGCCAUUGUGAUCACAUAUGUUCCAGCCCUGUUCACCAUUUUUACUCAUCGUUUUGGGGGACAAAACAUUCCCCACCACGUUCAUAUCCUUAUUGCUAAUCUUUAUUUGAUGUUGCCUCCUACUCUGAACCCCAUUGUUUAUGGAGCCAAGACUAAGCAGAUCCAGGAAGGAGUGAUCAAGUUAUUUUUUAAAGAGAAAACUGUCUUAGUUAUGAAAUAGAUUCAUUAGU